AUGCUUCACCUGGUGACAUGGGUUGUGUUAUUUCUACCAGCUUUUCCAGCUGCAGAGGACAUUUGCUCUCAAAGGCCGGAUGUAACUGCCUUGAAAAACUGUUGCAAACUGCCCAAUCUGGAUUUCACAGCCUACAAUGCCAAGUGCAGUCAGUAUCUGGUGAAUGGGGCUCAUAUAUCUCCUUGCAGCUUUGAGUGCAUUUUCCAAGCGGCCAAUGCCUUGAACGGCACAAGUUUGGUACUGGAAAACAUUGAAAAGAUGAUGAGAACCAUUUUGGACAUUGAUGAGUUCGUCCAAGUCUAUUUGGAUGGUUUCAAGAGCUGUGCUGAUCAGGAGAAGAUUAUGAUUAAGACCCUGAAGCGCCGACGUAUGCCCGUCACUGGAAAAUGUGCCUCCAUGGCCUUGAUGUACGGAAUCUGUGCCCAUCGGUAUUUCUACCGCUUUUGUCCCGAAAGUGUUUGGAGCAAAAGUGCCGGUUGCAAUGAGGCCAGGGAAUACAGCAUUCGUUGCGAAAGUCAGCUAACUGGUUAG